AUGGUUUCGAAGUGUCCAACGUGCAACGAAAACAGAAACAGCAACGCCAAACAGCCUUUGAUUCAUCAUGAAAUACCAGACCGGCCAUGGGCAAAGAUAGCAGUUGAUCUGUCCGAGUUUAAGAACACUAACUAUCUUCUAUGCGUUGACUACUAUUCGAAGUACCCAGAAGUGUCCAAGCUCCCUAGUUUAAAGAGUUCAGCAACCAUCACUACAUUAAAGUCCAUCUUUGCUCGUCAUGGCAUACCAGAUGAGGUCGUCAGCGAUAAUGGUCCGCAGUUCCCCAGUGCUGAGUUCAACAACUUCUCCAAACUUUGGGAAUUUCGUCACGUUACUUUAAGCCCCGAAUACCCUCAGUCCAAUGGACAAAUUGAAAGAACAGUUCAAACACUAAAAAAAUUACUGAAGAAAGCUGACGAAAGUGGUCAAGACCCAUAUCUCUCUAUCCUGGAAUACCGUAACAGCCCUCUGGAUAGUGUUAUGAAAUCACCAGCACACCAGCAUGCUAAUGAGCCGUAGACUUAAGACUCGUCUUCCGACCAUCACCCCAUUGUUACAGCCACAAGUUCCUUCAAACGCUGCCAAAGAGUUGAGAUCCCGACAACGAAUACAGAAGAAAUACUACGAUGUUGGCUCUCGAGUAUUACCACCCCUUCACAAAGGAGAUGUUGCAAGAAUGCGAAGACAGGGAAAGUGGUUACCUGUGACAGUCAUUGAGCAACAUGGUACAGUACCACAAUCUUAUCUGGUACAGACUCCAGAUGGUCGCAUUUAUAGACGAAACCGACGACAUCUCUUGAGGACGAACGAAGGUCACGAUGACUCGGUCAAUGAUGAUUUAGAAGAAGAAACUGAGGAUUUAGAAGAAGAAACUCUGCACACAGAAAACCUGCCGAAUGAUGAAGAGAAAUGUAUAGAUGCGGAAGGAAACCAGAUCACGAGAUACGGACGGGUAGUACGUAAGCCGCAGCGUUAUGGACUGAGCUCGAAUUAA